GAGCAGAUGUCUGAAGCAUGCACGGAGGACUAUAGAGAAGCGAUGGUCGAAACGAAAUCCUGUCUGAGAAACAGUAGCACGGCUGGUCUUCUGACGCUAGUGAAAAAACUAACUGGCAGCAUUAACACCGGCAAAGCCCAGAAGCUAAUGGAACAAUGCACCAAGGACUUGAAUGGCUUCUACGACCACAACAAAGCAAAAGAAAUGAAAGAAUUCAUGGGUAAAAUCGCCUCAGAAAUUGCACCCCAAAGAAACGGAAACAGGGGAAAGCCGGAAGUGGCGAUGGUUGCACUAUUAGCACUAAAAGCCCUGCAGGAAGGAAUACUUGCACCCAUCGAGUCUCUGCAAGUCAGUUGUGACUAG